AUGGCCGACGACGACCGUCGAGCAAAGCGCUCGCGCUUUGACCAAACCGAACCUGAGCCCCGCCGCUCUCGAUUUGACCGCCGUUCUCGAUCACCUUCCGCCAGACAGUCCGAAUCUACUCGCACUCGCAGCCCGCUCAGUCGCGAGCCGCGGAGCCCGGCGGAAGAUGGUUCAACAAAGCCUCAAAAUGAUCCGGCAGCCGCAGCUGCCGCGGCUGCAGCCAAGAUCAAUGCCCAGUUGCAAGCAAAGAAGGGGGUCCAGCAUGUAGAUGUGCCUCCAAUUCGCUCGGGGUCGACCCCUGGUUUUGCAUCGGAUUCGCCUGGCAACCCCGACUCCGGCAAGCCCAACCCCGAAGUCUAUGUUGCGGACGGAGACUAUAUCAAGGAUAUUGAAAUCAACGAUUUGCGUAAUCGAUACACCCUGACCAAGGGUUCUACACAAAAGAUGAUUAAAGAUGAAACCGGCGCCGAUGUCACCACUCGAGGAAACUAUUAUCCCGACAAAAACAUGGCGACGGCUGCAAAUCCCCCUCUCUAUCUUCAUGUGACAAGCACCACCAAGGAAGGUCUCGACAAGGCUGUGCAGUUCAUUGAUGACCUUAUGAAGAAAGAACUGCCGAACUUGGUCGACGAGCGAAGGUUCCGCCGACGUGAACCCGAGCAGCAAGUUGAACGGGAUGAGUAUGGACGUCGCAAAUGGCCGGAUGAGCGCAUUCCCAUUGACCUUGAGCCCAUUCCCGGUUUCAAUUUACGCGCUCAGGUUGUGGGCCAGGGUGGCGCAUACGUAAAACACAUCCAGCAGAAGACGAGAUGUCGUGUUCAGAUCAAGGGCCGGGGCUCUGGUUUUAUUGAAUCCAGCACUGGUCAGGAGAGUGAUGAGCCGAUGUUCUUGCAUGUGGCAGGCCCCGACCCGAAUGACGUUCAAGCUGCCAAGGAACUCUGUGAAGAUCUCCUCGCCAAUGUCCGUGAGCAGUAUCAAAAUUUCAAGGAUAACCCGCCCCAGCACAGCUAUGGUGGCUAUGGCCGUGGAGGCGGUGAUCGCUACCACGAUCGUGGUGACCGGGGCGGUGGCGGAUAUGAUCGCUAUAACAACCGUCAUCACAACCAGCAAUCGUCUGGCGCUUCUGCCAGCCCUGGAGCUCAGGAUAGCGCCUCCAGCCCUGCCAACAUAGCUGACUAUAGUGCUCAGUACGCCCAAUACUACGGAACAGCUGACCCGUAUGCCGCCUACGGCGGAUACCAGAACUACGUUGCCUAUUAUCAGUACUAUCAAGCUGCUGCUGCUGCUCAACAGCAGCAAUCAGAAAGCCCGGCACCCCCACCCCCUGCAAGCGAGGCACCUCCUCCCCCUCCCCCGGGCGCCGGAGAGUCUCAACCACCACCGCCCCCUCCACCUGGAGGCGGUAGCUAUGGAGCGGUUCCGCCACCUCCUGGCCUCUAA